AUGAGCUUUUUGUUAAACAAUUGGCUGACGAGUGGUUGUGUCCCCCCUAUAGGGACUCAGGAGACAAUGCUGUCCACCGAUGGCUUAAUGGUUUACGCGAUUAAUUGGUUGUUCGCCGCACUCAAGGCAUCGAAGAGACGGUUUGCCAUCAAAUGCAGUGCCGCCCAAAUCGGCCACAACGGCAUCAAAGACGUGUUGGCUAACCAUCACUCAUCAUCAUUAUCGUCAUCGCCAGCCAACACAUCCACAUCAUUAUCAUCACCCGUUUGCUCCAAAAUAAGCGCCAAAUUAUUGAAGACAAACACAAUUCUCUCUCAAUUGCGCGAAAUAUCAUGCAUUAGCGCGAAGAGAGCCGCACAUUGUCUCGACAUUAUUACCGCUAAUUAUAAUCAAACACAACACCAACACAAUCACAAUCACAACACCUCCGACACCAACUCAUCGUCACUACUGUUCACACUUCAUGUCUAUCAGUAUCAGAUCAUCGCCAACACCAACGGCAAGAAUACCGAAAAGUUCAUAAAUCUGUUUCUCCGGCAAAACACAGGGCAUCGCAUCGACAGUAAGUUAAUCCCUGUUUCGGCACAUGUAUGCUAUGCCUGUUGUGCUGAUGGGUUGCGCUCUUUUGCACCUGACGUCUAA